AUGUCCCUUAAACUCCCUCAAGCCCCAAAUUCAGGGUUAUUCAAACAAGGAUAUCAAUCCUUCUCAAAUGCGGACGGAGCAAUUGUUAGAAACAUUGAAGCUGUUCGUGAAAUUUCUUCAAUUUUAUUGACUUCAAUGGGUCCAAGUGGAAGAAACAAGAUCAUUGUUAACAAGUUGGGUAAAAAGUUCAUAACUAAUGAUGCAGCUACAAUGCUUAACGAAUUAGAAAUUGUUCAUCCAGUAGUAAAGAUCUUGAUUAUGGCUUCUAAACAACAAGAAUUUGAAAUGGGUGAUAAUACCAACUUGGUCAUUAUCUUAGCUGGUGAAUUCCUUAAUGUUGCUGAAAAAUUAUUAGUGCUUGGAUUAAAUGUCACAGAAAUCAUUCAAGGGUUUAAUUUAGCUAAUAAAUUUGUUAUGGAAACAUUAGAAAAACUCGUUGUGGAUAAAGUUGAUUCAGUAUUAGAUAUAGAUCAAUUAAUAAAAGCAGUCAAACCAGUUAUAGCUGCCAAACAAUAUGGUUAUGAAGAUUUAAUCUCCAAGUUAGUUGUUCAAGCCGUCAAAUCAAUCAUUAAUCCAAAGAAUCCAAAGUCCUUCAAUAUUGAUAACAUAAGAGUCGUCAAGAUUAUGGGAUCCUCUUUAUCUCAAUCACAAGUUAUUAAAGGUAUGGUUUUCCCAAGAGAACCUGAAGGUUCAGUUAAAAAUAUUACUUCUAAAUCUAAAGUUGUUGUAUUCACAUGUCCAAUUGAUAUUUCCACAACCGAAACUAAGGGAACUGUGUUGUUGCAUAAUGCCCAAGAAAUGCUUGACUUUACAAAAGGCGAAGAACAACAAUUGGAUCAAGCUUGUAAAGAAAUCAGUGAUUCCGGCGUAAGAGUAGUCAUUGCUGGUUCAAAUGUCGGUGAAUUAUCUUUACAUUAUUUUAACAAAUACGGAAUCUUGGUGUUAAGAGUUCCAUCUAAAUUUGAUUUAAGAAGACUUUGUCAAGUUUGUGGUGCUACUCCAUUACCAAGAUUAGGUGCACCUAUGCCUGAUGAAAUGGGUGAAAUUGAUAUCAUUGAAACAAAAGAAAUUGGUGGUGAUAGAGUUACUAUUUUUAGACAAGACGAAUCCAUAUCAAGAACAGCAACUAUUGUUAUUAGAGGUGCUACUCAAAACAAUUUAGAUGAUAUUGAACGAGCCAUUGAUGAUGGUGUCAACUCCAUUAAGGGAUUAUUAAAGGAUGAUAGAUUGUUACCAGGAGCUGGUGCAGUGGAAAUUGAAUUAAUGAAGAGAAUAACUGCUUAUGGAGAAAGUACUCCAGGUUUAUUGCAAUUAGCAAUUAAGAACUUUGCUAAGGCAUUUGAAGUAAUUCCAAGAGUAUUAGCUGAAACCUCAGGGUUUGAUUCUACUGAAAUGUUGAGUAAUCUCCAUGCUGCUCAUGCGAAUGAUGAUGGUUUAUCAAUGGGUAUUGAUAUUGACUCGGGUGAUUUAAUAGAUGUUACCAACAAUGGUAUAUAUGACGUGUUGUCUACUAAAAAAUCUGCUAUUGCUUUAGCUGUUGAAGCCACAAACACAAUUUUAUCAAUUGAUCAAAUUAUUAUGGCCAAGAGAGCUGGUGGUCCAGUUAUGCCAAAACAACAAAGACCAGGUAAUUGGGAUCAAGAUGAUUAA